CUGUGUGAACUGGAAUUCAGCGUGAAGUUACUUCCCAAAGUUAGUGGGAGGGUCCAACAUAUAUACUACCUCAUGUGUUCUGCAGGGUCCUUUCCUUCAGCCUGCACAGGACAGGAGCUGUAUUAAAAACCUCUGCUGUGGUGGAUCUCACAGAACAGCACACGCAGCAUCUGACAAUGAGUCAGGCAGUCCUGGAUUCCCCAGCACUCUCCUCCUAUCAGCCCCCAGGAGAGCAUCUGUGCUCUCCAGACUCCAGCCUAUCAUCCGGUUUCAAGGCCAGCGUGUCGGAGGCUGGUGGCUGGCGGGAAGGCUGCAGCUCUAAGCCUGCCUCCCUCCUCUCUGUCCUCCACCUCAUCUUGGUCUCUCUCCUGGGCAGUGCCAUCCUACUGUCCGAAAUGUCCCACCACCUUCCUCACAGCCCCCAGGUGCACGGGUUCCUCAUGGUCCUAAUGCUAGCCAGCUCUGCCUGGAUGCUCUGCUUUGGCUGGCAGUUGAGGAAGACAGAGAAGCACAGACUCAAUGUGGACCAUCAUGCCGGAGCCAGCUGGCUUAAGGCUGGGCUGGCUCUCUUUGCCCUGGCCACACUCAUCUUGGACUGCUUCUCCUUUGGAUACUACAGGGAGAUCCUGCACUGCACAUCCCCCCUGAUGAUAGCCUUCCCCUUGGUGCAAGCUGUUUUCACAGUCACACAGGUUUCCUUCCUGUCUUUGUUUGCUAAAGUCUGCAUUCAGGAUUGGUGCUCUCUACACAGGGUCGGUUUGAUGAACUCCUUGGCCACGAACCUGCUGCUGUGGAUGAACGUGGUGCUGGAUGAGUCCACCAAGCAGCUCAAGGAACUCAGGAGCAUCUACACGGAGGGGCAGCAGGACUCAGCACACAAUACAACAGCUCUGUCAAACAGCUGUGCCUGUACCACAGACCUUUGCCACAUCUUCCGCGAUGGAGCUGCCCACCUGCAUCCGUUCAACAUUGAGUUCAGCCUCUUCUCCUCCACGAUGAUUUAUGUGCUGUGGAAGAACUUGGGCAGAGUGCCCAGCAGCCUUGGACCCCGGGCGAGGGCAAGGCGGCCAGCCUUCCGCAUCAGUGCCAUCUUCCCAGGGCUGCUCUUGGGCGCUUUGGUCCUCUCCGCCACCUUUGGUUGCAUGAUCGUGUUCGGCGUCUUCUUCAAAGCCAAGGACACCCUUCCCCAUGCCCUGCAGAUCUACUACACCUUCAGCCUGAUUCUUCUCUGCUUGAUGCUUCUGUCCUCCUGUGCAGGGACGCUCAUCUCCAGACUCCAGAAGAGACCGUCCUUCACCUUCAGGACUGAAAACGUGGUGAGAAAUGUGGAUGUGGCUCUCCUGCUGGGCUGCUCUUGUGGUCCUCUGGCUGUUAGCAUUUUUUCAAUGACUGCCAUUGUCUUCACUGGAUCCUUGAGGGCUCUGAACAGUCUGGAUCUGGUCUUCUCCCUCUUUAAAACACUCCAGGUGUUGGGGCAGAACCUGUUUAUCACCGAGGCGCUGUUCUCUGGGCCUGAUGAGAGACACUCCAUUUCCCAACACCCCACUGCUCAGUUUAAACUUGCAGGGGCCCUAAACAAAUCCUUUGACAGCGAAAGCCAGUGUACAGUCUGGUCAACAAUGGAGAGCAGCAUGCAAGUGCAGAUGGAUAAGGAUGAGGAUGAAAAGAGCAGAGUCCCCAAGAUGCAAGAUUUUCCUCGCAUGGGAACAGCAGCAUUUCAAAAGCCCUUCUUGUUCACCUCCAGAAGACGUGGCAGAGCGAAGAUCAUACAAAACAUCUUAGUCUUCUUACUUCUCUGUAACAUAGCUGUGUGGAUCCUCUAUGCUUACGGAGCCCGCCCCCAUCUGGUCAGUGAAACUGAGCGAAAUUUCUAUGGCUUCACCCUCUGGGCGACGGUGGUCACCUUCUGCCUGCCUCUGGGCAUCUUCUACCGCAUACACUCCGCGGCCAGUCUCUUCGAAGUGUACUGCAAGUCCCAGCUGGAAUGAUCGCAUUCAUGCACCCCAACAUUUGGGACAUAAAACACUCUGUUUCUCCCUUUUUUCUUUCUUAUUUUUGCAAUAGUACCAGGAAUUGAAAGACAAAUGCAAACAUGGGCUUUCUUCCUGUCCAUGAACAAGUUUGACUGGUAGUGUAUCACUUCCCAAAUAGAAGUUCACUGGGCUGUGCCACAGUAAAAGUGCAGCAAAGUGUAUUAAAGCACAGUGAAUCGUGGUCACGAGAAUUGGAACAGAAGGUGUAUUGCUUACAGAAAUAUGCCACAAGGUAGCAGUAUAACCUUCUUUCAGUAUGAUGUUAAAAAGACAUGCACACACACACACAUAUAUAUAUAUAUGAAGAGCAAUUUAGCCCAUUUACAACUGGAAAUAAGACAACUCCCCACGUCUGUCCAGAGUAGUUUAGAGUAGCGUUUUCUGCUUUUUAUAUUUCAGCAUCUUCGACGUGUGCUUUUGAUCUGCAUUGAUGCAGCAGGUUCUUAGUGUUGCAGAAAACAGAGCACAAAAACAAUGUUUCAAAUAAAACUGUUCUGGAAAUGAACUGAGUUCUUACACUGUACAAAGUGUUCUGACAAGGAAUUCACAGAAUUCUGUAAAUGCUGAUUUACCAUAUUUAAGUAAUAUUGAAAUGUGUUCUGUAUUGACUUCUUAAACAUGUCAUUUUAUUAAACAUAAUUUAUAAUUU